AUGGGGCACCAUGUCCAGUACAAAACUUCCUCCCCACCUCCUGCCAACCCGGUCAGCCCGCCUGGUGCCGUCGCCGACUCCGUACGAUUAGCGGGCAGUCUACGUCCAGACAAAGGAUUUCUAACUAUAGGGAUCCCCACUGUUAAGCGGGACCAGAACGCCGCGUAUCUGACCACAACUCUAGAGUCCCUGAUCAGCCACACGACAGAGGCUGAACGCAAACAGGUCGUCAUCGUGGUCUUCCUGGCAGACUUCGACACAGACUACAACAGGGAACUUUCCACGGAACUUUCCCGCAGGUAUUCUCGGCAUCUCAACAGCGGGUGCAUGCAAGUCAUCCAGGCCCCGCGGUCGUUUUAUCCAAGUUUCGAAAAUUUGAAAACUAAGUUUAAAGACAGUCCUGAACGCGUGCGCUGGCGAUCUAAACAGUGCGUGGACUACGCGUUCCUGUUCCAAUACUGCCGAAACUUGUCCGAAUAUUAUAUGCAACUGGAAGAUGAUGUUAUUUCCGCCCAGAACUUCUUGACAGGGAUAAAAGAAUACUUGGAAAGAAUGAAGUCUUCUGACUGGACGGUGCUCGAGUUUUCUGGACUCGGUUUUAUCGGAAAGUUGUUCAGAUCCUCGGAUCUCCAGCGUCUGGCCGAUCUUAUUAUGCUGUUUUACCAGGAGUCGCCGGUGGAUGUCUUGUUUUUCUCGUUUCUGCACAUCGUGCAAGCGUCCGAGAAGAAAUUCAUACACAAGCCGUCCCUCUUCCAGCACGUCGGCUUACACUCAUCGCUGGCGGGAAAAAUACAAAAACUUACCGACAAGGGG